UGUAAGACCAGAAGGAGACGGAACAGCCGCUGAUCAACCCGAGAUCCGGCCGGUGGGGCAGCCCGGGGCGGGGCUGAGCGCAUGCGCUCGGUGCCUGGAGGCGGUGGCUGCGGGACACGGCGGUGCGGUGCGGGCACGAGGACGACGUUCCCCCAUGAUGACGGCCAUCCUGGAGCGCCUCAGCACACUGUCCCUCAGUGGGCCACAGCUCAGCCGCCUGCCUCGCCUGCUAGAAGAUGGCUUCCCCAAGAUGCCGUGCACCGUCCCAGAGGGAGAGGUGCCACAGCUCUUCCGUGAGCCGUACAUCCACGCCGGGUACCGUCCCACUGGGCAGGACUGGCGGUACUACUUCCUCAGCCUCUUCCAGAAGCACAACGAGGUGGUCAACGUCUGGACUCAUCUCCUGGCGGCGCUGGCAGUGCUGCUGAGGUUCAAGGCGUUUGUGGAGGGCGAGCAGCUGGCCCUGGAUGCUUGGUCUCUGCCUUUGCUCAUCUUCGUCCUCUCCUCUGUCACCUACCUGACCUGCAGCCUCCUGGCCCACCUGCUGCAGUCCAAGUCAGAGCUGUACCACUACACUUUCUACUUUGUGGACUAUGUCGGGGUCAGCACCUACCAGUACGGCAGUGCCCUGGCCCACUUCUACUACAGCUCCGACCAAGCGUGGUAUGACAAAUUCUGGCUUUUCUUCCUCCCGGCAGCUGCUUUCUGUGGCUGGCUGUCGUGUGCUGGCUGCUGCUACGCCAAAUACCGCUACCGACGGCCUUACCCCAUCAUGAGGAAGAUGUGCCAGGUGAUCCCAGCCGGGCUGGCCUUCAUCUUGGAUAUCAGUCCUGUCGCUCACAGGGUGGUCGUGUGUCACCUGGGGGGCUGUGAGGAAGAUGCUGCUUGGUACCACACGUACCAGAUACUGUUUUUCCUUAUCAGUGCUUAUUUCUUCUCCUGCCCAGUUCCUGAGAAGUAUUUCCCUGGCUCUUGUGAUAUUGUCGGCCAUGCCCACCAGAUCUUCCACGCCUUCCUGGCUAUCUGCACCCUAUCGCAGCUGGAGGCCAUUUGUUUGGAUUACAAGAACAGGCAGGAGAUUUUCCUGAAAAGACACAGGCCUUUCUCCAUCUAUCUCUCCUGCGUCUCUUUUUUUGGCUUGGUGGCCUGCAGUGCCAUCACAGCUUACAUCCUGCGAUGCAGGAUCAAGGCCAUCCUGGCUAAAAAGGACUCCUGAGAAUGGUGAAGGUGAUGGGCAUGACACCACACGGAAGGAAAAAAGUAAUAAUCAAGAAAAGGGGCAUAGCAUGUUAGAGGCAUAACUGGCUUAUUUGCCUAACACACCGUGACUAACCUGGACCUUGGACUGGGGUGGAGGGCUGGACACUUCAUGCUGGAUGCAUUCUCACAGCAGGAGCUGCCUUCUGCCAUGCAGGGGGACAUGGGGUGUUUUAAGCCACAAAAGUCACUUAACCAAGGAUACUGGAAUAGGCAGAGGUUCCUUGUUCUUUCUAGUAAACCUGUGGGAGAUACCUCGCUGAAUGUGAAGGAUGGUAGCCUGAGGGUUGUGCGACUGCAGAAGGGUUUUCUAGGGCACACAGCACAGUAGAGAGCCCACCACGAGGCCUCUGGGUGGACAUGAUGACACCUUUGGGUUUUGCCAUUUCUUCUGGCUGAGUAGAGACUUGCUAACAUCAAAGGCAGUUGUAAGGUUUCAUUUCUACGGUUCACUUGCAAGGGUGUGUGUUACAGCGGCUGAACUAAUCCUUUUCCAGCUCCAGCUCGGCUAAACCAGAUUUUAUCUAUGAUCCCCUGAAGUAUCUCAACAGCAGGUUGCUGAGCUGACAUCAGCAAAGCAUGCUCACAGACCAAGACUUGACCUGGAGUCCUCUAGAAUCAACUGGAACUGAACCAUGUCUGCCAGGCACUGCUGUGGUCCAGCCACCCCUGACGUAGUUGGGGAUGUUAGGUCAUCUGUAUCUUUUCUUUCUGCACAAUUGCACCAUCUGUGGUGGAACUGCUUAGCAAAGCUAAGCAGGCUGUCCCAGCUCUUCAAAGGCUCCUGCCUUCCAUUUUAAAUGCUUACUUGCCUUUGAAGACUUGGCCCUGUUACAGAUUUGAGCUGAUUUCCAUAGCUUUUCUCAGGAGUGGUAGUAGAGGUUGAGGACCCCUGCAACCAUCAGCAUUCAAGAUGCUGGCACUGGGAGGGGAAAUAUAUUUGUUGAGAGAAGUGCCUCUUUUUCUGCCUGUGUGACAUGUUCAUACAUCCGAUCCCAAAUCACCUGCCAUGGGAGUCUGACUGGCCUCCAAUUCUGACCAUGCAGUGCAGAACUAACUUGGAUGUGACCUCUCUGGUAUGGGAAAGCCAGUGGGCCCUGGCCCUCCUAGGGCUCCAGGGGUGGUCAUGGCCAAAAGAUGAUGAAAGUGAAGUGGAUGUGAAGUCUUUAUUCCCUUCUUAAUGGUUCUUUACAGGAUGCCAAGAAAUCCUUGGUGGGCCUUGUGGGAAAGAUGGCCAUGAAUCUGGAGGGUUGCUUUCUCUGACCUAUGGGGCUUUGAAUCUGGCAUGUUUAUAUCGGCAUUAGAUGAAGGUAGAAUGGCAAAAGGCAGGAGCAGGUUGACAGAAUUAAGGUCUUUUCUAACCUUGGAAUGGGUUUGUCCUUGGAACUUGGAGAUUCUUGUGUGGAGUGGCAAAUACAGUGGUCAGGGACACUUGGUGUCUGUGGGUCACUCCUGUCCAGAGAGGAGGAAGUGUUGUUUUACAGCUAGAUGAAUCUCUUCUGUAAUUGCUGGAGGGAUAUUUGAGGUGUGGAGCCAUGCUGUGGCACUGAAGUUGGUAGCACUUAGAGGACUGGAUGCUCUGUGCCCAUACAGAUAGAUUCCAUUCAGACUACGUGCCUUCUGUUGAACGUACUGCUCUCUUUUCAUAGUUAACUCUGAGUCCUUCCAACUGUGUUCUUAAGAAGACCUGAAGCCUCAAAUGCCACGACACCUAUACCACAAUAUAUAAAUCUUCUCUGAAAGCAAGAAAGGUGUGGGAUCUAUUCCAGCCAGAGAUCUGUCUUGCAGAAUCCAAGGGCAGGCAAAUGAAUGGUGGUUGCUGGUACCGAGCAGGAAGACUUUAAGGUUGGGGAUAUGAUUUGUCAGGACAAGCACUGAUUUCUGCACUUGAACUGGUUUUUAAUAUUGAGAUGUGUUUGAGUAUGUGCAUGCAUGCCUGAUUUAAUAUCCAGAAGGGUUUUGCCUUUGGCUUUUUUAUCUACAGAACCUCUUAGCUGGGUCGAGAUUAGCUUGAAGGAAGUAAUGCCAUGCUGCUGGAGGAGCAUGGGGGCCAGACAACAACAUCUCUGAAAACUCAUCAUUUAAUAGGUACCUUGCAGCAAGGAAAAAAAAGAGGUUUUGUGCACAAACCUGAAACUGGCCUAACUGAUAAAUUAAGUGCAAAGGAUGAGGAGAGCAAUCUUUGAUUACAAGAGAAGAAAUCACGGGAGAAAUUUGGAGAAGUCAUCUAGUCCCCCCUUUCCCAUCACCGUAGGCUUCCUUGUUCACAUCUAGCCCAGCUUAAGAGCACUUAGAAAUUGUUAAUGACUUCAUUUCCUACGCUGCUUAUUGACUUACACCUCCUCACACUGCGUCUUUUGCACAGAGGUUUAUCUGACUAUGGAGCAGUUACAGGCUGGUCCACAGUUUUGUUCUGAACUAAAAUGGAAGGAGUGAGCAUCACUGCUAACAGCAUACUGUGCUGUUAUCACUUAGUAAUACUGGUAUCAAAAGACAGGGGACACCCAGGUGUUGGCUUCUCUAAGGCUGUGAAAAUAUGUGACGUCCUGCCCUUGGCUAAAGAAGGAUGGUUACAGUAAUGCUGUCCGGUUCACAGCAGAGUACGAGGUGCUUCAUGAAUUUUCAGAAGUAUUUCUGGUCAAAUGUCAUCUCCGUGCUACAGCAGAAAUGGAACUUCUCCUUCUGAGUCAACUGUUGUGUGACGGCAGUGGUGUUUUUGCAUGUGCUCAAAUGAAGCCACUCACGUGCCCGCAUGGCCCUGCACUCAGACCUGGAGCUGACUUCCUCAUUACUAUGAUGGGUCAAUUUUGCAGGCAGCUGCCACCCAGAUUGCUGCUGCUGUGAGGGUGCACCCUCGGUGUCCGAAGGGACUUGUCUACACUGGAGCUUCCUCUGUCUCUGCCUCCAUCCUCCUCCUCUUCCUCCAGCAAAGAGUUUCCUUCACCCAAGGACUUAUGCCUUACGCACCUGGCUGCCUACCUGAGCAAACUCAACAUGCUGAGCACUCUGCUCCACCUCGAGAGGGAAGGGACUGGGAAGUUGCUGCCAAUGCCCUCCUGAGAACCGCGCUGUUGAUCUAGAGGAGACCAGAGCUGCUGAGACAGUAGAAGUGCAGCUGUGCUAAACUGAGAGCCUGACAGGAUCUUCUCCUCUGGGCCUGCUGCUUGGAUCAUGGCUUCAUCCAUCCUGGUGCUCCUUUGAGGAGGCAUGGCUGGGCUGGUUGUCCUGGUGGCUGGGAGUUGAGCACUUUUUGGAUCCUGAAGGCCCUCACUCUCAAGAUUAUCUCCAGUCCUACAGUAGUACUGUAGCAGAUCUCACAACCUGGAUCUGCACAGGUCAGCUGAGAAGUCAUCCCAAUGUGCCUUAUGCUGUUACCUCCUGGGAUUUACACUGAAGGAACCAGGGGCAGCCUCUGUUAUCUGCUGGUCCGUGGUUGUUUUUAAUGGGACAGGAUUUCCCCGGUGUAUGGAACAGAAGGGGGGAGGAUGGAGAGAGUUACCUUAAACUUGCCUUAAACUUGGAUUUUUGCCUAGUGAUUUGUGUAGCAGGGCAAGGACGGGUUCCUCAUGUGCCUUGCAAUUGACAUUUUUUACUGACAAGAUUAUUUUUAAGCACUGUUUGUUACUAAACAGAACAAAAGAGUUUGUAUUUUUUUUUUCUUCCCCUGGGAAGUAGAGAAGGGUACGGGUGUUAGAUAUUAACCAUCCCCUUCCCACCUCCCACCUGCUGACUUUGUAUUGUUGAAAAUCAUUGGUAAUAUUUUAAGCUUUGUACUGUACUGAUCAUUAUUUAAAAACCUUUAGUGAAAAAAACAACAAGAAACAAUGAAAGUAAA